UGGCUCUCCCGCGCUCACUCCUAUAAACAUCAACUCGCUUCCCCCACAUCCAUUUUCAUGGUUUCAAGCCUUAUUACUCCAAGAUCCUCCCUCCCACUUCAUUUCUGCUGAGGCUUGUUGAGACCAGCAAGUUCUAAAAGGGAAAGAUGGACUACGUUUAUGGACCUGGAAAGAACCAUCUUUUUGUGCCGGGGCCGGUUAAUAUCCCUGAACAAGUCCUCCGGGCAAUGAACAGAAACAACGAGGACUAUCGCUCUCCAGCCGUCCCAGCACUGACGAAGACUCUUCUCGAGGAUGUUAAGAAGAUAUUCAAGACCACAUCAGGCACUCCAUUUUUGUUCCCUACUACAGGUACUGGUGCAUGGGAGAGUGCACUCACAAACACAUUGUCUCCCGGAGAUCGGAUCGUGUCAUUCCUCAUUGGUCAAUUCAGUUUGCUCUGGAUCGAUCAGCAGCAGCGCCUAAAUUUCAAUGUCGAUGUUAUUGAAAGUGAUUGGGGUGAAGGUGCAAAGCUUGAUGUUUUGGCCUCAAAACUUGCAGCUGAUACUGAACAUACUAUAAAGGCGGUUUGCAUUGUUCAUAAUGAGACAGCUACUGGUGUGACUAACGAUUUGUCUCUAGUAAGAAGAAUAUUGGAUGAAUAUAGGCAUCCAGCGCUAUUUCUGGUAGACGGAGUGUCUUCGAUAUGUGCUCUUGAUUUUCGUAUGGAUGACUGGGGAGUAGAUGUGGCCUUAACUGGGUCACAAAAAGCUCUCUCUCUUCCAACUGGGAUGGGCAUUGUAUGCGCCAGCCCACGAGCGCUCGAGGCAUCUAAAACAGCAAAAUCACUCAGAGUUUUCUUUGACUGGAAGGACUACCUCAAGUUCUAUAACUUAGGAACCUACUGGCCUUACACUCCUUCCAUCCAGCUCUUAUAUGGCCUUAGAGCAGCUUUGGAUCUCAUAUUUGAGGAAGGCCUUGAAAAUGUGAUUGCCAGACAUCGACGUUUGGGCCAAGCCACAAGGCUUGCUGUGGAGGCAUGGGGCCUGAAGAACUGCACACAGAAGGAGGAAUGGUUCAGUGACACAGUGACUGCUGUGCUUGUGCCUCCAUACAUUGACAGUUCAGAGAUUGUUAGAAGGGCUUGGAAGAGAUACAAUUUGAGUUUAGGUUUGGGGCUGAACAAAGUUGCUGGCAAAGUUUUCAGAAUUGGGCACCUUGGCAACCUCAAUGAGCUGCAACUGUUGGGUUGUCUUGCUGGUGUGGAGAUGAUUCUGAAGGAUGUGGGAUAUCCAGUGAAGCUUGGAAGUGGGGUAGCAGCAGCUUCUGCAUAUUUACAGAACAACAUUCCACUCAUUCCUUCUCGGAUUUGAUUUCGGUCGAGACCGUGAUCCGUUCUCAUGCAUUUGAUUACGUCUACUGUGUAAAGAAAGAAAGAACUAUUGUGUUAUUGUAAUAUUUGAUGUUUACUUUCACUCCUUCAGGCAUUCUCAUCAGAAUGCCUGUGUAUUCAGAAAGUUCACAAAUCCUAUUACAAACUCUUUCAUCUGGAA